AUGUCGUUUGGGUUAACUAAUGCUCUAGCAGCAUUUAUGGACCUCAUGAAUAGAGUAUUUCAACCGUACCUUGAUCAAUUCGUGGUUGUAUUCAUUGAUGACAUCUUGGUGUAUUCAAAGACAAAUGAGGAGCAUGAUGCCCAUCUCCGGGUGAUUCUUCAAACACUGCGAGAUAAGAAGAUUUAUGCUAAGUUGUCUAAGUAUAAAUGUCAAGAGAGUUUUGAAUCCUUAAAGAAUGUACUAACGGAAGCUCCAAUGGUAGUGCAACCAGAAUCGGACAAAGAUUAUACAAUUUAUAGUGACGCUUACCAUAAUGGGCUGGGAUAUGUCUUAAUGCAAGAUGGAAAGGACAAUGGUACUUUAAUGGUUGAAUUAAAGUUAAAACCACUAUUGAUGGAGCGAAUAAAGGAAUCACAAAGGAAAGAUGAGAAAUGCUUAGUUAGAUUCGAACAAGUAGAAAAAGGUGAAAUCAAGGACUUUGAAGCAAAGUCAAAUGGAUGUUUAUACUACAAAGACCGAGUUUAUGUUCCCAAUGAUGAAGAGUUGAAAAGAGAUAUACUUUCUGAAGCACAUUGUAGUCAGUUGACUAUGCAUCCUGGAGGGAACAAGAUGUACAAAGACUUAAAAGGGAGUUAUUGGUGGUCAGGCAUGAAAAAAACUAUUACAAAGUUUAUUGCAAAGUGUCUAACCUGCCAACAAGUGAACGCUACACAUCAAGUGGCUUAA